AUGGAGAUCAGAAAAGCAAUUGCAGAUCUGAAACCUCUUAGUGGACAAGUGACACCUAUUCGAACAGUUCAAGAAACAAGACCCCUAGAAGACUUUGCCGAUGCGUUUGUCGCAGAAGUCAAUGUAAAGUCUGCCUCCAAAGUGAUCAAGGCUCUUGACUCUGCUUUCCCUCGAGAUGCUGCCCUCCCGCUCUCCCACCUCCGUCGCUUCGCUAAGAAAGAGCAACUCCCGCCAACCCUGCGGGCAGCAAUUGAGAGCAGCACACAUCCUAUACCAGCGACUCAAACUAUCUUCGUCCUCAUCUCACCUCCUCUACCCGAUCUCGCCACGCUCAAAGCUCUACUUGCUCCGUUUGCGCCAAAUGCAACUCCGGCCGCAAAUGAUCCCUCUGUGAAUGAAACCGCAGAAGCUUCAAGUCCUGGUUCUUCACCAACUAUCGACCUUUACCCUACGAAAGUCCCCCUCUACCCACCUUUCAACAUCACACAAGCCGAAACAUGGAGCAACACCCUCUGGCCGGUGGUCUUCAAUCCAGCCGCGUCUCGCGCCACUGUCGUACCGCCCCCUCAGACUUUGAAACGCGCACAGGAAUCCAUCGAACAGCGCGCAGGAUACUACCUCUCCCUGGCGUGUAAAGUGGCAGAGGAAGCAGAACAAUCAGGGCUAGGCCGGGGCGUAGGCGCAGUGAUAGUUGACCCAGCAAUCGAGGCAGAAAUACUGGAUGCAGGUUACAAUAGCCACGAUACUACCGCAGAAUGGGACGAAGCCGUCCUCGCAGUUGCGGGUGAUGCGCGCUACUCUCGCUCUGAAGCAGGCGCGCCAUCACAAGCACAGCUUCACGAAGGGAUAGUGCCCAAUCCGGCCAGCAUGUCAUACAAUUCAGACCUCGAGGGUGGACCAGAAUUACAUGCGCUAAUGCGUGCUGUCGAUAUGGUAGCUCGCUGGCGACGAGAACAUGAUGCAGAUCCGUCAGAUCCCAAAUCAGAACAGCCUCCGCCAGAGACAGUGGACACACUGAGCCCAUUCGAAUCAUACUUCUUAUAUCGCCACCAACCAGACUCCUCCUCCGACCAACCUCAAUCCCCUUCCUCACCAUUGAAGAGAAAACAUGAAGACCCAAACCCAGAAUCAGACCUCAUCGAUCCCCCAAACCCUUCUCAAUCCCAACUUGAACACCCACCUCUCCCAGCUCCACCCCCGUCUACCAUUAUAGCAGACCCUUCGAUCCCAAUUCCACCUACACCACGCAUCCGCACCCGCUCACAGGGCGGCUAUCUAUGCACAGACCUUGACGUCUAUCUUUCCCACGAACCGUGUCUGUGCUGCUCGAUGGGAAUCCUGCUCUCCCGGUUCCGGGCUGUCAUCUUCCCCAGACGGGGGAGGUUAGUCAGUGGCGGACUUGCUUCUGAGCCGGUUAUUGCGCCGGUUGCGGAUGAGGGUGCGGCUGGCGCAGAUGUGGAUGGGCAGGGUGAAAGGGAGUACUAUGGAUUGCAUUGGCGGAAGGAGCUGAAUUGGAGGGCUCUUGGGUUUGAAUUUGUGGAGGAUGUUGAUGAUGCUCUGUCAUGGGAGGACAAGGAUAUGCCUGUCUUUCAUGCUUGA